CACUGACCACCCUUGAGGCUGCAGGAGCAAAGCCCUCGCCACAGAACCAAACCCAGGUGACACCCGGAAGAAACACUCUUGAAAGAUGAUGGGCAAGGCUGUAGCUGCUGUCAUGGCUCUUCUCCUGAUCUCAAUGGCUGGAGCAAAAGGUAUGGCUCAGGCACGUUCAGCGAUUGAACUCCGAUGCCAGUGCAUAGAGACUCAUUCCAAGUUCAUCCACCCCAAGUUCAUUCAAAAUGUGAACCUCACCCCUAGCGGACCUCACUGCAAGAAUGUGGAAGUCAUAGCUACUCUGAAAGAUGGCAGAGAAGUGUGUCUGGAUCCCACUGCUCCCUGGGUGAAGCUGAUCAUCAAGGCAAUUCUGGACAAGUCAGACACCAAUAAUAAGACUGCAUCCUAAAGCAAAGAACAAAAACGUCCUACCUCCUCCAGGAAGUCAGAAGUGGGAGACAACGCCAUUCAGCUUCUGGCAGCUCAUUUCCUCCUGCCUCCUACAUUCAUACUCUCAUCAUGGUCUAGAGAAUAUGUCCUCCCUCUUUUUGUAGUUAAUUGACAACUGUAGUUGAAGUCUUUUAAAGAGGUGUCAUACAGGAGAAAAACCACUGAAAUCAGAAGAAGUGGGCCAAAAAAAAAAAAAAAGAAGAAAGAAAAAAGGCUUGUGAAAGGAGUUGGAGAUGAUUCUGGAGUCAUUUUUGCCAGUCACAGCAGGAUCAGUGCAGUGCACUCUCUGCAGGUCUUUCUUUAAAUGAUGUCUUCCCCUUUUGCUAAUAGUUUAGAAACUGCCCAACAAGUCCUUUUCUCCAGGAACGUGCUGACAGGUAGCAUCAACUGUACCUCAGUCACUGCUUCUCGUGGGGGGGGAGGGGAAGAAAAAGGAGGCUUUCAGAGUCAGUAACCCACAAGUCUGAGGCAUCAGUUUUGGAGCCAUCAUUUUCAAGGUAUUACUUACUGUGAAUUAUUGCUGUGAAGCUACAAACAUAUGUUUUAAUGGCAUCUUUUGGUUACAAAAAGAGCACUUUAUUCAUUUGAAUUCUAUUAGAUAUUUAUUGCAUCUCUAAUAUUAAUUAAUUUAUACUUUGUCAUAAGAAUGUAUAUGGUCUUCAUGCUUUCAUUAUUUAUUUAUUUAUGGAAAACAUUGACGUUUUUAUGCUUUCAUUAUUUAUUUAUUUAUGGAAAACACUGAAGUUUUUAUGCUUUCAUUAUUUAUUUAUGGAAAAUGUCUUAGUUUAGGUACCUAAUAAAUGCUUGUUUAAAUGUUUUUAUUUCAGUACUGUGUGUUAUUAAUGUCCUCAUUGACAUAAGAGAGAGGAUAUGUUUACUUUCCUCCUGUAUCACACAAAGGCACCUCACAAGGUUAAGGAGGUUGAGUUGUGGGGACUGAUAAGUACAUCAGGGAAUUCUUGCCUGCAGUAUGUGCAGAUGAUUUUCAGUAGGAAUAAAUAAAUAAAUAAAUAAAAGUGGUC